AUGCCCACAACGCUCCACCACCUCACGCUCGUUCCAACUCCCCUCUCCGCCGUCCCCGAUCCAGACGACUCCGCCUUCGAGCAGGAACUCAUCGACGAGGGACGCAGACUGCUCUCGCACGACGGGUGGACAGAACGAAAGAGCUGGCAUGGCGGGGUCGUCGAGACUUACUCCCUGCCGCAGGGGAGUGUGACGUACGAACCGAAGAAUGGAGGAGGAGGCGCGAGUCCAUCGCCCACCGGCAAAUCAGGCGAGGAAGGCAUCCUCUGGCACAAGCGGGUCUCGCGGUUCAAGGCGUCCGAACACGGCGGCUACGACACCUGGUGGAAGGCCGUAGGCGAGAAUCACAUCGAGCAGGAGAAGGAGUACGUCGACAACCUCGUCAAGGUCAUCGAUAUCGGCAAGAGCGAGGGCAAGAAGGACUGCUUCCUCAAGCUCUACAAGCUUCCAUUCGGCGCGACAGAUCGAUCCUUCAUGACCCACUCCGUCGUCGUCUCUCCCUCCUCCUCGACCCAACAACCGUCUUCACAAGAUCCCAACGCCUCCUCCUCCUCCUCUCCCCCCGAAUCCAAGUCCAAGUCCUCUUCCCCCUCCUCCGAUGGCCCACGCGAAUUCCUCGUCUUCUCCCUCCCAAUCACGACGCAAAUCGAAGUACCAGAGGAGAAGAAGUAUGUCCGCGGGACGCAGGCGACUGUUGAGCGGGUACGGGAACUCGAGGGCGGGGAAAUCGAGUGGUCGUGCGCGAGUUUGAGUACGCCCGGAGGGAACAUCCCGGUCAAGCUCAGUGAGGGGAAGAUGGCCGCCUCUCUCGCCGACGCCGUCCCCUCAAUCCUCACCUGGAUGUCCUCCAAAUACCCGCCCAACGCCAGCUCAAUCAAAUCCGGCACCUACUCCUCCACAUCCGACGCGAGCGCGCGCAAACCCGCUCAACUGCGCACGACAAAGGACGCGGCGAAUCCCGGAGGCGGGAUGGGGGUCAUGCCCGCCGGGAGGCUGCCGUUGGAGUUGUUCCGCAAGCCGGUCAAGUUGAGGGAGUUCUGA